AUGUCGAGCGGUAGCGACAUUGACGAGGACGAGCUUCUCCAGAUCGCGCUUAGGGAGCAAGCGGAGCGCGAUCUCAGCUACCAGAAGCCCCCCAGGGCGUCGGCGAGGCCCGUCGUCAACCUCGUCCAGCCUCCGGGAGGGACCGCCGCGGUCCGAGCGCUAACCCUAGCCGCCGCCAGGCCCAAUCCGGCCCCGGCGAAGGCGAGGAACCCGAGCCGCGGCGGCGCCGACGACGACGACGAUUCCGAGGUCGAAUUGCUGAGCAUCUCGUCCGGGGACGAGGAUGCGUCUAAGGAUCGGGCGCCGCCGCCGCCGCGGAAUCGGGCCGCGGGAGGGGAUCGGAGGGGGUCCACGGACGACGGGGAUCUCGGGUGGGAUGAUGACGAGCCGAGGAGCUGGAAGAAGGUCGAUGAGGCCGAGCUCGCUCGCAGAGUUCGAGAAAUGCGUGAUACAAGGGCAGCACAUGUUGCUCAAGUCCUCGAGCCGAAAACAGCAGCCCUGGGUCGCAAGGGUCUCACUAAUAUACAGUCUUUGCCUAGAGGGGUGGAAGUCUUAGAUCCACUUGGACUAGGGGUGAUAGAUAACAAGUCCUUGAGACUAAUCACUGAUGCUUCAGUGAGCUCUCCAAUAUCACGAGAGAAGUCAGAUGCUUUGGAUCCCGCUACAAGAGAGAAAGUAAUAUACUCUUCUCCAAAUUUUGAUCCCAAGGUUUUCCUUUCACGGGUCCACCAAGAGACGACCGCUGCUGAUUUAGAAUCCGGUGCUCUUACUCUGAAGACUGAUCUAAAAGGAAGGACACAGCAGAAAAAACAACUAGUGAAAGAGAAUUUCGAUUGCUUUGUUUCUUGCAAAACGACAAUUGAUGAUAUUGAAUCAAAAUUGAGGCUGAUAGAGGAAGACCCGGAGGGUGCAGGCACCGCUCACUUGUAUGAAGUCACACAAAAAAUCAGUGCUGUGGCUAAUCGUGCAUUUCAGCCUUUGUUUGAGAGGCAGGUUCAAGCUGAGAAAAUUAGAUCUGUUCAAGGAAUGCUUCAGAGGUUCCGAACACUAUUUAAUCUACCCAGUUUAAUUCGUGGGAGCAUCAGAAAAGGAGAAUAUGAUUUAGCUGUUAGAGAAUACCGGAAAGCAAAGUCCAUUGUUCUUCCUUCUCAUGUUGGCAUACUGAAACGUGUCCUUGAAGAGGUGGAAAAAGUAAUGCAGGAGUUCCGGGGUAUGCUUUAUAAAUCAAUGGAAGAUCCACAACUUGACCUAGCUUUUCUGGAGAACAUUGUUAGGCUGUUGUUGGAGUUGGAACCUGACUCAGAUCCUGUGUGGCAUUUUCUUAAUAUACAGAAUCAUAGGAUCAGACUAUUGUUGGAAAAGUGCACGUUAGAUCAUGAGGCAAGGACGGAGCAUCUGCAAAAUCAGAUCCGAGAAAAACUUCAAUCUGAUGCAAGGUGGAGGCAACUCCAGCAAGAUUCUAAUAGAUCACUGGAAAUGGAUUCAUCUAUUGGUGAUUCUGUUCAAAUGGAGCCACAGCCUGCAAACUUCAUGGGCGAGGAAGCAGAUUUUUUAAGGGGUAGCUAUAUUCGCAGGUUAACUGCGGUAGUUAUCCAGCAUAUUCCGGCCUUCUGGAGAUUAGCUUUAUCUGUGUUCAGUGGAAAGUUUGCAAAGGCAACUUCCGGAAAUGUGCUUCUUGAUUCUGAGACGAGCUCAAAAUCGACUGGAAAUAAGAAUGACGAUAAAGUUGGUGAGGCAAAGUAUUCGAAUCAUACCCUCGAAGAAGUUGCAAAUAUGGUUCAUGGCACCAUAUCAGCAUUUGAGGCGAAGGUCCAGAUUACAUUUCGUGAUUUUGAAGAAUUAAACAUUCUUCAUUCAUACAUGGGCGAUGCUAUAAAAGAAAUAGUCAAAGCAUGUCAUGCCCUUGAAGGGAAAGAUUCCUCUCCUUCAAUUGCUGUGAAAACGUUGCGGGCGCUCCAAUUUGAAAUAACAAAGAUUUACAUAUUACGACUUUGCUCAUGGAUGAGAGCCACUACUAAGGAGAUAUCCAAAGAUGAGAUGUGGAUUACUUUGUCAACGAUAGAGAGAAACAAGUCUCCAUAUGCAAUUUCUUACUUGCCCUUGGCAUUUCGGGACAUGACAAUUUCUGCUAUGGACCGGAUUGAUCUUUUGAUUCAGAAUUUGAGGAGUGAAGCAUCAAAGUCAUAUGAUGCUCCGGAACAACUACAUGAAAUUCAAGAAUCAGUUAGACUUGCAUUUCUCAACUCUUUCCUUGAUUUUGCAGGUUAUCUCGAACGUUUUGGAGGUGAACUAUCUCAAAGUAGAUCAAUUAAGGAAAAUAAUCACUUGCAAAAUGGGUAUCUACAUCUGGAUAGGGAAUCUUCUGCUUUCCAAGUUGGUGGUGGUGGUGCUGCUGCUGCCCAUAAAAAGCUAUUAAUUGUUUUGAGUAACAUUGGUUUUUGCAAAGAUGAACUUUCUCAUGGCUUGUAUAACGAGUACAAGCACAUAUGGCUGCAGUAUAGGGAUAAAGAUGAACAGAAUGCUGAUAUGCGAGACUUAGUCUCAUCUUUUUCAGCAUUAGAAGAAAAAAUUCUUGAACACUACACAUUUGCAAAGUCAAACUUGAUUAGAAAUGCUGCUUUGAACUAUCUGUUGGAUUCUGGAAUUCAGUGGGGAAGUGCACCUGCAGUGAAGGGUAUUCGAGAUGCAACUAUUGACUUAUUGCACAUUCUUGUAGCCGCGCACGCAGAGGUCUAUUCUGGUGCCAAGCCUUUGCUGGAGAAGACACUAGGAAUUUUAGUUGAGGGCUUAAUUGAUACUUUCCUCAGCCUUUUCCACGAAAACAAGAAUAAAGAUCUCAAGUCGCUUGAUGCCAAUGGCUUCUGUCAGCUCAUGCUUGAGCUUGAAUAUUUUGAAACUGUACUGCACACAUACUUCUCACCUGACGCGCACGGAGCUUUAAAGUCCUUGCAAGGACUUCUGUUAGAGAAAGCUUGUGAGAGUGCUUCUGAGUCUUCUGAGAACCCGGGACACCACCGCCGUCCGACUCGUGGCAGCGAAGAUGCCAUAAUAGAUGAUAAGCCGACCGUAUCCCCUGAUGAUUUGCUUGCACUUGCCCAGCAAUACAGCAAUGAUCUACUCGAAGGGGAGUUAGAGAGGACGCGUCUGAACAUAGCAUGCUUCAUGGAGUCGUCACUUCAGCCAACAGCUGUAGCGCCAGCACCGCCACCCCCUGCCCCAAAACCAGCGGUUUACUCUUCGUUCCAAGGAACGGUUUCCUCCCCGAGCUUCAGGAAGCAGCAGACCGGUAUAAGUUCUCCCGUAGUAUCCCGAAGAAGAAGGUAA